CCGAGCAAUGGCCGACAUUUUCUUCAUUGCUGAUAGCUCGACAAGUAUAGGUAUCACUGCUUUCAACGAUUUGAAGAGAUUUGCAACAUCUGUUGUGAAUAGGUUUACAAUUGGUCCAGAUCACAUAAAGAUUGGUCUCAUAACAUUUUCUGAUGAUGCAGAAAUACAAUUUACACUAAAUACGUACCGUAGAAAGUCUGAUGUUAUAAAUGCUGUCUUAAAUAUUUCAUACAUUACUGGCAUUACCAAUACACAUAAAGCCCUACAACUGCUUGAUAAGUAUGGAUUAACGAGAGCUAGUGGCGGACGAGGAAACACAGUCCCUAAGAUUGCAAUUCUUGUUACAGACGGAGCGUCAACUAAACCAUUGCGUACGAAAAUGCAGGCAAUUAAGGCAAAAAAUCAAGCAAUUAUCAUGUUUGCAAUAGGGGUUGGACCAUACAUUGAUCAGCAAGAAUUGGAUAUCAUGGCGUCCAGUCCUAAAUCAAAGUAUUCGUUUUCUGUAGACAGCUAUGCUGCUCUUUCGUCAAUUGAAAGUUCAUUAGCUAGGAGGACAUGUAUUGGUACUAACUACCUUUCUUAAGUAUUUCUUAAAAAAAAAGUAAUCAUCGCAUGCAUUUGAGAUCAGUCAUAGAUUUACCCUUGAACAAUCCUUACACGUUAAAAAACAAAAACAAAAAAUAACGCAAUUGUUAUAUAAUCGGUGUCCAGUAUUAACCUUUUAAUUUAAAAACAGAUAUAACGACUAAUAAUUUGAACACAACUGGCAUGUUGAAGUAUAGUUAUUAACGAUCAUUAAACUUUUAAGAAAAAUUUAAAAAAUCUA